AUGAGUACUUACGAGGCUUCCGCUGGAUUCUAUCGGGGAACAACCAAAUCAUAUGAAAUACCCGUGGAUCACCUGGACUAUAAAUUCAUUGAGAAGUGCACAGAUGUGAAACACCUUGAAAAGAUUUUGAGCAUUCUCAGUCCUGAGAUUAUAAAUUUUUUGACUGACAUCAAGCUUAAAGAACAACAGAAAUCUGUCUUGGAGAAAAUCGUGGACAACCUGCCCCCUAUUCGCAGUGUCUCCAGUAACCCCACACCUAAUAAGCCCAGAGGAAGAGAACAUCGUGCUGGCAACUCUAAAGUGCCCCGAGAGUACGGGGACUGGGAUAGGCUUGAUAUUGAAAAAGAACUAUCAAAAAUUGAUGAGACUGCUGAGAAAAGUGACCAGUCCAAGACUGUAAUAAAUACAACAGCUGCAGCAAUAAAGAAAUCAAUAGAUGUGCCAGGGCUGAGCAUGGAGCAGAAGAGUCUUCUUGCACAAAGAGAGAAGGAGAAAGGAAAUGAGGCCUUUAGAAGUGGAGACUAUGAGGAGGCCAUAUCAUAUUACAGCAGGAGCUUAUCUGUGUUACCCUCCACAGCCGCUUAUAAUAACAGAGCACAAGCUGAGAUUAAACUGAAGAACUGGCAGAAUGCUUUCAAUGACUGUGAGCGAGUACUGGAUUUAGAGCCCAACAACAUGAAAGCUCUCUUGCGUCGGGCUACGGUCAACAAAAACCUCCAUAAUUAUCAGGCUGCCUUAAAUGAUCUGAAGACUGUCUUACAUCAGGAACCAGACAACCCCCUAGCGAAGAAAGCUCUGUGUGAAGUUGAAGAGCUGCUGCACAAAGAGGAAGAAGAAAAAACAAAGAAAGGACGAAGAAUCAUCAUUGAGGAUGUGGAUGUUUCGGAGGAGGAUCAAGAGAAUCCAAUUGUCGGGAAAGAAGCCGGUGUGACAGUGGGAGGAGAGACUGCAGGCGAGCUGACUGAAAUGGGGAAUGCUCAGAAAAAGUUUCCUAAGAGACCCUUUGAAAAGAAGGAGGAGGCCGAUCAGACCCCCAAGCACAACAGAGCCAACAAUCAGAAUGGAGUGAAGAGUGACAACGGCAACGUACGGGCAAACAAUCCCUCCGAGCAGAAGACGAAGCCUGGACAGAGCAGCACGCAAGCCCCUGCGGGUGAGGUCACAUCCCGGACUGGCAACCAGGAAGCUAAGCUGUCAACCGAGACCCUUUCGCCAUCAGCAAGGAUGAAAGCUGAAGGCAACCAGCUUUUUAAGAAUGGCCAGUUCGGGGAGGCUGCGAUCAAAUACUCCGAGGCGAUUGAAAAUAUCAAGAACACAGGAGCUGAGGACGCCGAGGAGCUGGGGAUCUUGUACUCAAACAGAGCCGCCUGUCACCUCAAGGAUGGAAACAGCUUACAGUGCAUUGAAGACUGCAACAAGGCCCUGGAACUCCAGCCGUUCUCCAUCAAGCCCCUGUUAAGAAGAGCGAUGGCAUAUGAGUCCCUUGAGCGGUAUAGACAGGCGUACGUGGACUAUAAGGUAGCACUUCAGAUAGACAGCGGGACACAGUUGGCCAAUGACAGUAUCAACAGAAUUACGAAAACGUUAAUCGAUUUGGAUGGGCCCAGCUGGAGAGAGAAGCUGCCACCAAUUCCAUCAGUGCCUGUGGCCACCCAGAUUCAAAUGCAAGAGAAAGCCACAGCCAAUGCAAAGACUUCAAAGAACAUCAGAGUAGCAAGUGACACCGGGAAAUCGGCUCAGGAGAGGUUCCAGGCUCUGAAGCAGGAAGGAAAUGACUGUGUGAAGAAGAGUCACUACAGAGAAGCUGUGAGCAAAUACACCGAGUGUUUACAGAUAAAUCCAGAAGAAUGUACUAUAUACACCAACAGGGCCCUAUGCUAUCUGAAACUGUGCCAGUAUGAAGAGGCCAGACAUGACUGUGACUGUGCCCUGCAACAGGACGCCUCCAAUAUCAAGGCUUUGUACAGGCGAGCUCAGGCCUACAAAGGAUUAGAGAGUUACCAAGAUUGUGCCAGUGAUCUCCAGAAAGUGAUCUCUCUGGAUCCAGCAGUCAUGGAAGCCAAGAACCUAUUAGAAGAGAUCACACCCUUUUUAUCGAAUCGUCUCAAAGCCAAUAAAUCUGACAAACAGAGGAAGAAGAUCCCGAUUAAGGAGGUGAAUGAGGAGAAGGAAGACCCAUCUAGUCACAGCAGCCUUAAUGGACAUGGAAAUAGAGUAAGGAGGGAUCGUCCUGCGAUCACCAAGCCCAGCAACGCCUAUGAGUUUGAGCAGCAGAUGAUAGAGAUCAGAGCAGAGAAGGACCAGGAGCGCUGCGCUCAGCUUCUCUCCCUCAUGGAUCCAAAGGACUUAACAACAUUUCUGAGCAAUAAACUGGACACAGAGACCCUUCUACUCAUGACACAGUCUAUGAAACAUCACAUCCUGGAGGAGAACCCAACCCUGGUGUACCAGCACCUGUCUCACCUCAGCACAGCCGAUCGCUUUACGGUGACCGUCUCCCUCCUCAGCCAGACAGAGAAAGAUGAAGUUCAGAGCGUCCUUGACUGUCUAGCAAAGAAACUAGACCCCAAUGCCAUAUCCAGCCUGGCACAGCAAUACAGACUCUGA